AUGCCGAAUCCUUCUGUGGUUGCCAAAGGCGAUAUUCGAGGUUCCUCUCCUUCGUCGUUUCCCCACUCAACCUCGUCAAAAUAUCGUGGCUUCUCAAGCAGCUCCGGAUCAAACGUGCGGACUUCGCCUUGUUUACGCCCCUAUCACGAGUCCAUGUCUUCGAAGAUGCCUCAACCCUCCUCCGCCGUUCACCCGCCCGUUGGGACUCUCAUUGACGGAGACUCCCUAGAACUCGUAGAAGUUCUCGGCGUCGGCGGCUACGGCGUCGUCUACCGUGCAGUCGACGCCCGCUAUCCCACGGGUCCGAAGUCCUACGCCGUGAAGUGCCUGGUCACCUCUGGCCACCAGUCAGCGCGCCAGCGCCAAGUCCACAUCCGUGAAAUCGCCCUGCACCAGCUCGCCUCUGCUCACCCUGGUGUCGUCACUCUCCACCGAGUAGUGGAGCAGUACAACCACACUUAUAUUAUUAUGGAAUACGCCUCCGACCACGACCUAUUUACGCAGAUUCUUCACAACUGUCGAUAUCUCGGUAACGACGCCCUUAUCAAAGACAUCUUCUUGCAGAUGCUCGAUGCAGUGGAAUAUUGCCACUCGCUUGGUAUUUAUCAUCGGGAUCUCAAACCCGAGAACAUCCUUUGUUUCGACGAUGGCCUCCGUGUCGCCAUCACCGACUUUGGUCUGGCUACCACCGACAAAAUUAGCGACGAGUUUCGCACAGGAAGCGUCUAUCAUAUGAGCCCAGAGUGCCAGGGUGGAGCUUUUGCACCUGGAGGCAAAUACUCUCCCAUGUUUAACGACAUCUGGUCCCUUGGCAUCAUCCUUCUCAAUCUCGCGACUGGUCGCAACCCAUGGAAGUCUGCGACUCCCGACGACCCCACUUUCCAAGCCUACCUCCGCGACCCAUAUACCUUCCUUCCCACCGUCCUCCCCAUCUCCGCCGAGCUCAACGAAAUCCUCGUCCAGAUGCUCGAUGUCGACUGGCGCCGGCGUAUGAAGCUCCACGAGAUCCGCUACGCCAUCGAAGAGCUCACUACCUUCUACUCGGACGGUGUUAUCUUCGAAGGAAGCAUGGCUCGAUGCCCAUGGGAAGCCGGUAUGGAUAUCGACAGCGAGUCGUCCGCCAACACCCAGGAGGUGUCCUCCUCCCCUCCCGUCUCCCCUGUUCAGGAACAGCGUCUCACUUCGCAAUGGAGCAAGGACUCCACCUCCGACAUCGUCUUUGCACCCCGCUCCCCCACCGACGACUCUACCUAUGGUGUUCCAUGGCCCGCCGAGUACUCUUCUUGUGGUGCUACCUGGGCUUACGAAUCCCCUGUCUCCUCGUUCUCGAGUGAAGACGAUGAUCACUUUCGGAUGGACACCUUUGACCGACCCGACACCCCGUCUGAAGCGUCAACGCAAUCACCGCCACCUUCGCUCCCUGCUACUCCCAACGACCUUGACGUGACGUUUGCUGCCCAGCAAGACGCCAAGCCUCGUGCUCGCCUCACUCUCGACACCAAUGUCCACAAGCCUCGCAUCGUCCAGGCCAAUACGAGCAUGGAGCCUUCGUUCUCUACCGACAGCGACAUGAUGCAUACCGCGAUCGAGUAUGACCCGUACUCGUCGCUCUUCUUCCUCGCCACUCCACUGUCGUCCAAGCUCAUGGGUCCCGACUCAGCCGUCACGGCUGUUGCAGAGGACAGGGAGAUGACCUCUCCCAGCGCUUGGAGGACGUCGGUCGUCAUGUCGUCUCCCUCCCUCUACUCUUCUUCGGCAGUUCUUCCUCCGACGACAUUGUGUUCUCUCGAUCUGGCACGCCCUCUCCUGAACCUUGGCCUCUGUCAACAACGUAUUCCGCUCAGGCCCUCUCUCUCGCCCUUCGUCGCCCACAAGAAGCUCAGGGUCCCACCAACCUCCGGCCUCUCCAAGCCCAGCUCCCCCAUCCGAGUCUUCUCUCCGCCCUCACCUACAACUCCAACUGUCUACAACGCCGCCUCCGGCAGCAGCAACGACAGCGGAAGCAGCCAAGCCUCCCAACUCCACUAUCGAUUCUCCAAGCUCUUCCCUCGCACGAACGCACCGACGCCUGCACCGGCUGCACCAAGUUCGACAGUCCGUCCUGCUUCACGUGGGCGCGCUUUCCACGCUAAACCUUAUCCAACCUUUGGUCGCCGUAAAGCGGGCGUGGCAAAAGCUGGGAAGGGUGACCGCGACGGGAAGAGGCCGCAGCAACAGCGAUCCGUUGGGAGUGCAGAUGGCGGGGAGCAAGGUUCCUUGGUGGCGUCCGUCGAGUCUUCUUCAACGACGGCCAGUGCCUGCUCGGGCCAUGACAGCGCCGGAACUUGUGGGUCUGCGAGCUCCUCAGUCUCCGGUGGGAGUUGUGGGGUUGUAGUCGAGAACGUGGAGAGGAAGAGAGUGCUUGGGAAGAGGAUUGCGACGAAGCACUGGUUUCCGGGCAGGUUCUUCAACUCGGGGGUGCAUGUUGGCGUCUGA